UGUGCACUCCCAGGGCAGCAGCCGCAACCCCAGAAUGCGGAGAGGACUUGAGAGCAGGCACAAGGUCCGCUGCCAUGACCGAAGCGAAGCGACCUGACGCACAAGCAGAGACUUUCCUCCUUGGCAGCCAACAACCUGCAGCAGGCAAGGCGGGCGGGGGAGGAAACCCCGAGGAGGCGCUCCCGGCCGCCUCUUUGCUGAGAUAGCAGGAGCAGCAGCCCGAGGAGCCACGAGCUCGGCGUCACCGAGCGGGUGCGGGUGCAGGGGCACGCAGGCGGGCGCGCAGGCCGGGAGCCACUUCUGCCGCUCAGGCGGCCCCGCUGCAGGACACCGCGCCCCGCUGCCCGAGCGCCCGGGGCUGGCCCGCGAGCGGGAGGAGCCGGCGGCCGCGCUCCGCCCGGCGCGGAGAUUCCCACCACCUGCCUCGAACACCACGGAGGCGAGAGGAAGCCAGAGAGCUCGGCCUCUCGUCCCGUUCUCGAAAAGCAGCCCAUCGUGACGGAGCCGGGAGAAGGCUAGCGUUUCAAUUCCGUGCGGGACUGGGAUUCUUCUUCUCAUAAUCUGGGGGAACCGGAGUAGAGGUCAGAGGGACAGGCGAGGACCUCAAAAAGGGACCGAGGGUUGUGAACAUGGUUACCCCCUCCUACCACUGGAAAAUCUCCUUGACAUUUUUCACACUUUGAAGCAGCUGCAGCUGGUGUCGUCGGAGAAGGGGGUGGGAAGAAAGAGAGGGGGCGGGGAGAGCGGUGAGACACAGCCGAGAGCCAUGAGCGGCGCCUCCUCGCCUGCCAAUCCUGGCACCUGUGCGCCCAGCCACUGCACGGAGGAGGACCCUACUCCGGGUGAGCACCGGGCUUGAAGCCACGGACACCCGGCCCCUGUGCGGCGGGUUCUCGCCGGCGGGACCUGCAGCCGCCCACGCGGGCCACCGCCACCGCCUCCUGCAGUUGCGGAGCGCUCAGCCCCUCCGAGACGCCCGCUGCGCCCUGGCCCCCGGGGAUCCUCGCCCUGCACAGGCGCGGCGACGGGCAGGGGUUGUUACGGAGUUGGGUGCAGGAUUCGCCUUUCCUGCUCGGCUCUUCUCCGCCCAGGAUUUAUUGUCUGUGGAGCCUUCUGGGGGCGGGGAGGGAGCUGCGCCUCCGCCGCCGCCGCCGCCGCCGCCGCUGCUGCUGCUACGGUCGCUAGCGCGGCGCGCUGGGCAGGCUGAGGCUGGGGAGUGGACGCGCUCCUGCCUCCCCGGCCGGCGCUUCGGGCUUCCCCUCAGCCGCUUCCCGCGGGAACCUCUCCCGCCGUCCACCUGAAGGGCACCGGCAUCAUGGUCUAACGUGGCACCUUCUGGAUUCCCCUCUGUCUCCUGUUCUUCCUACCUGCUACUCCUUCCCUCCUCUUCGCCUCCUCCGAGGACCCUGGCGCCCACUCCGCCGCGGACCCCUGAACACUUAAGGAAUAACCCUUGGCAGCUGCACGACUGCGCUCUCCGAAACCUCAUGGGCAGCUUCUCCCGCCGGCGAUGAUGGAGAACCUAAUAAGGGGAAGGAAUCCCCCACAAUACCAGAGAAGUCCCUGUAAAGAGGUUCGUGCAGCACUGCGGAAGAGGCCUGAAGAGGAGUGAGCCCGCUACAUGAAAAAAAAUGCAAGUCAAAGUGGUCACAACCUAGAAGUCUGCAGAGACAGGAAUAACUAGCAAUGCAGUGCCUGGAGAUGACCACCAAACGGAAAAUCAUCGGCCGUCUGGUGCCAUGCCGAUGUUUCCGAGGUGAAGAAGAAAUCAUCUCCGUUUUAGAUUACUCCCACUGCAGUCUUCAGCAGGUGCCAAAGGAGGUCUUUAACUUCGAACGAACAUUAGAGGAGCUUUAUCUAGAUGCCAAUCAAAUUGAAGAACUACCCAAGCAAUUGUUCAACUGUCAAGCGCUACGAAAACUAAGUAUUCCUGAUAAUGACCUUUCAAAUCUGCCAACCACUAUUGCUAGUUUAGUUAAUCUUAAAGAACUCGACAUCAGUAAAAAUGGUGUACAAGAAUUUCCAGAAAACAUAAAGUGCUGUAAGUGUUUAACAAUUAUUGAAGCCAGUGUCAAUCCCAUUUCUAAACUCCCUGACGGCUUCACACAGCUCCUCAACCUGACCCAGCUCUACCUGAAUGACGCCUUUCUUGAAUUUCUUCCAGCCAAUUUUGGAAGACUUGCCAAAUUGCGGAUCUUGGAGUUAAGAGAAAAUCACUUGAAAACUCUACCAAACAUCUGAAGAUCCAGAGUGUGCCCCUUGCCCAAUCGCCUGAGACUAUACAGUGACACCUACAACAGAGGAUGUGGAGGGAGCAGCUUUUCGGGCACCAGAAAUGGCAGCAUCAGGAGCAUCAGCACGAAUAGACUUUGUAGAGGUAGUUCUCCCAAACUAUAUUAUGAAACCAAACAUUUUUGGUGCGCUACCUGCUGAUGGGGGCUGCCUUCUUACUGCCUAGUAUCUACAAAAUGUUUGGUCUUUGUUAAAGUUUAACAAUGACAUUUCUGACUCAUAUAGAGAGACCUGAUUUUUUUCCAAGUGUGUUCAGUUGCCAUAACUUUCAAUGAAUAUGAAAUUUUAUCAGUCUCGGAAAAACAUUAAUACCCAUAUUUUUAUCUAAUUGAUUUCACUAUUUGUUAAGGUGCUAUCAUGUAUAAUUUUUGUAUAUAGUUUUAAAUGCAUCAAACUAAGCCAUAAUUUAAAAGUCAUCCUAAUGCAGUAAAUAAGAUAAUUUCUCUAGUUUGUUAAAUUCUUCAGAGACUGAAUAUAAUUGCUCGUUUUUCUGUCAUACUCCGUGAUGAUGUUCCAUUGUGGACUUAUUUUGCAAAGUUCCCAGAUGGCACAAGUCAAAAUAUGAAAUGCUGGUGAUUGAUUGAUUUUAUGUGUCCUUUCAUCUUAUGUAAUUUAAUGUGAAAGAGUUAUUUUGUAGCUCUAAAAUACAUUUGUUAAUUAACCAUAUUGACUUUUCAUGCAGUUCAAUGGCUUAUAGCAUUUCAAUUUGCAUAGAAAAUGAGUCUCUGUAAUGAUACUUUUGCUAAAUAAAUAACAAUCGACAUAAUGGGUUCAUUUUGCUUUUAACAUUUUAUACAUAUAAUUUAGAAGUAGGAUAUAUUUCAUAUUGAAAUUUUGAAAAGCUCGAAAUUCAACAUACAAAGGUCACCAUCUUGCUGAUGCCUAAUGCCAUACAGCAAAUUCAUUCUUCAUCCCAUAUUAACUGCUUUUCGGAACAAGGCAAAAUACAAAUAAUUUACAAUGAUUGUGUUGGAGCUAUUGCUUGAUUAAAUACAAUUCAAAGGUUCUUUUUAUAAAACAGGUAUGAGCGGGACACAUUGAGCUUACGGGCUUUUCCUGUUGUUUUGUUUCUAUUUCAUUUUACUGCCUAGGAAAGAAACACAUUUUUUUGUAAAACCUAUGCUAUGGAGCUGAAAUGUACUUUCUUGAAUAUUUCUAUUCUGUCUUAUGAAUAUCAAUUAUGUGAAAUAUAUAAAUGUAAAAUUGUCUUAGAAUGCAUAACUCUUUGUAUAAAACAUAUAUCUGAAAGUAGAUGUUGAUUUUUUGUUAAAAUUGUGUAAAUGCUGAUUUUUCCAUGUGUACUUAUGAAGAUCUAGAUGUAAAAAUUUUAAGUCUGCUUAUUGUGUUUGUACCACCUUGUUUUUAGCUGUGUAUAUUAUAUCCUAAUUGGCUUCUGUCACUGUCACAUAUAUUGCAUAUAUCUCUCAAAAAUUAGAAGGUAUAUUGCUAUUCUAAAAAUAAAAAAUGUAAAUUCCUGACAUUGCUUUAGAAUAAGUUGCACUAUCUUAGUGUAGUUUUAUAAUGUGUUCUUAUGAAUUCUCAGUGC